AAUAAAAAUAAAAUGUGGCAGACAUAUCGGUAUUAAGGCUUCUCGAUAUAUGACAUUAUGUUAUUCACAUCCCUAUUUGCCGGCAAACACAAUACCGAGCGGCAAUUGGAACCGCGGAUAUUUAUAAACAACAGACAGUAGCCGCAUUAAUGAGGCUCGUGAAGCCUGGUUGGGUGCAUCACGAUGAUAAACCCAUCUUCUCAGUGGACGUACACCAGGAUUGUACGAAAUUUGCAACGGGCGGACAAGGAAAUGAUUCGGGACGUGUUGUCAUUUGGAACCUCAAGCCGGUGCUCUCUGAGAAGGAUGAGAACGAUGCAUCGGUGCCCCGCAUGCUCUGUCAAAUGGAUCAGCACUUGGCGUGCGUUAACUGUGUGCGCUGGUCACAGAACGGACAGCUCCUUGCAUCCGGUUCCGAUGAUAAGCUGAUCAUGAUCUGGCGCAAGGCCCAAGGAUCAAGCGGUGUCUUUGGCACCGGUGGAAUGCAGCAGAAUCACGAGUCCUGGAAGUGCAUACACACGCUGCGCGGCCACGACGGCGACGUUCUGGAUCUGGCCUGGUCGCCGAACGAUUACUUCCUGGCCAGCUGUAGCAUAGAUAACACCAUCAUUAUCUGGGAUGGUCAGGCGCUGCCCAACAUGCUGCAAACUCUGAAAGGACAUACGGGUUUGGUGAAAGGUGUGGCCUGGGAUCCGGUGGGCAAUUUCCUAGCCUCGCAGUCGGACGAUCGCAGCAUAAAGAUCUGGCGCACCGUAGACUGGUCGUGCAACACAACGAUCACGGAACCGUUUCAGGAGUGCGGCGGAACCACACACAUUCUGCGGCUUUCCUGGUCACCCGAUGGCCAGUAUCUGGUCUCCGCGCAUGCCAUGAACGGCGGUGGACCCACAGCCCAAAUAGUCGAACGCGAGGGCUGGAAAUGUGACAAAGAUUUUGUGGGCCAUCGCAAGGCGGUGACCUGUGUACGCUUCCACAACUCCAUACUUACGCGGUAUAUGGCCGGCGAUAGUCCCAGCAAAGCGAUGCAGUACUGCGUCCUGGCUGUGGGCUCCAGGGAUCGAUCGCUGUCCGUGUGGAUGACGGCGCUCCAGCGACCCAUGAUCGUCAUCCAUGAACUGUUCAAUGACAGCGUGCUGGACCUGUCGUGGGGUCCGCAACAGUGUCUGCUGAUGGCCUGCAGCGGCGACGGCACCAUCGCCUGCCUGCAGUUCAACGAGGAGGAGCUGGGCACACGUGUCUCCGAGGUGGAAAAGAAGGCCAUCUUCAAGCGUAAAUACGGCGGCUGCAUUGAGGACAACUACGCCAUCAAGCAGCAGGCACGUAGCGUGCCCGAGUUCACCUCGUAUGCCCUGCCCAAUGCGGCCAUGGAGCGACGCCUGCCUGUCCAGCCGGGUCAAGCGGGCACAGCGUCGCCAGCGCGUGCCAUUAGCAAACAGACAGAGACGCGAACCAAAGAUGGCAAGCGACGCAUCACACCCAUGUUCAUACCGCUCAACGAACUCUCAGAGCCGAUUUCGACCAUGGGCAGCAGCAGCAUCUCCAGCACCGGCAUCAACACCAUCCAAAGCAACAGCAACAGCAAUAGCACCAACUGUGGUAGCCACAGCCUGGGCACGGCCGGAGCGGGCACAACGAACGCCGUUAGUGGGGUGGAGCCACUGAUGCCAGAGCCGCUGUUCACACGGCCAGACCCGGUGGGACGCCUGAUGUUGCCGCCAGCGGCGACAGCGACAGCAACGAUUGCACCGCGUCGCAAUUCGAUGCAGCUGCUUAGCGAUUCGAAUAGCAGCAAUACGCUCGGGCCGAAGAUGCAAAUAACGGCGAAUAGCAAGUGCGAGUUCACCAAAUCCGCGCAGGACUAUCGCAUCCAUGUACAGAACGGGCACCUGAAGACGGGCUACGGCAUGAUCGCCAAGGUGACGGCGCAGCUGAGCCGCGAACAGCUCUGGGAGAUGUAUGUGGGCUCGCCCGUGAUCAAUGUGAAUCUGUGUAGCAAAUAUGUGAUGCUCUGCUCCCUGGACGGCAGCAUGCGGCUGUUGGACAUGCCGACCGGCUGCCCCAUCAUUCCGGCCAUCUCAUUGAACAGCGUGGCCGUACACUGCACCUUCAGUCCGGACAAUCAGAUGGUGGGCGUGCUCACCGAGUGCGGCCUCUUGAGGAUCUGGCACAUUCCCAAGCGAUGCGUUCGAGUGGCCACCAACUGCCUGGAGCUGCUGACCAAGCACGGCAUGGCGCUGCAGUUCGCUGUUACGGAUCAGGGCAUGCCCCUGAUUGGUUUUCCCAGCGGCAAUUCCUACUCCUAUUCCACAACCCUAAAGUCCUGGCUGGUCCUGGCCACGGGCGAUGCCAUCAUGUUCAACGGCAUUCGUGGCUCGCUGCCGCGCGAUCUGGAGCACGUGAAUCGAAAGUUUCCGCUGCUCAGCAUGCAGGCCAGCACACAGAACUAUCUCAGCCUGCGCGGACCCGUCGAAAUCGAUCCGGAGAGCUGGCAGCAAACGGCCAAGGUGCUCUUCCUGGAGAAUCAAAUAAAACUGUGCGAGGCCAUGGAGGCCACUGAGGAACUGAAGCAUUGGCACGCCAUGCUCACCUUCCAGCUGGCCACCUACGGCACCGAGAAGCGAUUGCGAUUAUUCUUGGAUGGCCUGCUCAAUAAGGACUCGGAGCAAACACAGUGUGUGCCAAAGCACGAGCUGAUGCAGUGCGUCCUGGAGUCCCUCAAGCCGCACACCCAGUGGGAGCACAUAUACAAUGAAUACCUGGAGCUGUACAAGCUGAACGAGGAGAAUUUUGUGAUCGAUGCGCCGGCGCCGCAAUCCUCCUCAACGCUCACCUAUCCACUGCCCUCGUCGCCGUGCACGCGCACCCGAGGAGCAGCCGCUGCAGCGGCUGCCAUCGAGAAACUGCUCACAGCGGAGCCAUCAUCACCGCCGCCGCCACCGCCGCCCCCGCCCGCUCAGUCUGACUCGGAGCGCAAUAGUGUCGAGCCGGAUGGCUGUGAAACGGAAUCAUCGUCGUCCUCAACGCCAGAGCCCACGCUGCCCGACCACGAAACGGACAAGAAUUGAGUGUUGGUUGUGUUCGAUGUUUGCCCAAGCAUCCGAUCAGCGAUGUACCGUUCUUAUAUCUAUCCAUUCAUUUGAUUGUUUAUUACCCUUUUAUUAUAUAUUUGUUCUGGUCUGCCACUGAUAUUCCAUUCACAGAUUUUGUCAACUAUUUGUAAGCGAGAAAUGCGAAAGUUUUUAAUAUAAUGGUCACUAUUUUGAUAAGCAUACAA